AUGUACAAAACUCCAAUUGGAAUGUCUCCAUACCGUAUUGUUUUUGGAAAGCCGUGUGGAUUACCCGUUGAGUUAGAACAUAGGGCCUAUUGGGAGAUCAAGCAGUUCAACAUGGAUUUAAGUGAAUCGGGAAAGAAGAGGAAGCUGGACAUACAAGAACUUGAGGAAAUCCGCAAUGAAGCAUAUGAGAAUGAGGUUCUUUAUAAGGAAAAGACCAAAGCAUUCCAUGACAAGAUGAUUACACGCAAGUUGGAACCAUUUGUUGUCACUAAUGUUUUUGAGCAAGGUGCAAUAGAAAUCAUAAGUGAGAAAACCGGGAAGAUUUUUAAGGUAAAUGGUCACCGUUUGAAGCCUUAUUAUGAAGGAUUUCAAGUCAAGAAUGAAGAGGUGGAGGAAGUAAUGGAUCCAAAGUAUCAAGAUUGA